GACGACACCUGUCUAUAUAAUGUCAACUCAAUUGAGUGAUUGAAAUCAACAAAAACAUGAGAUAUUUUCUGCGUUGCGUGAAACAAAGUAAAAUCUGUUAAUUUUCUUAUAUCAAGAGGUUAUUCAUAAAGUAUUUACUUACUGGUACUGUACUACUGUAUGAAAUGGAUUGCACUUGGCUUAAAACAUCUCCCAGCUUAAACAAGGGGAUUUCUAUUAUAAAUAAACUUGACGAAGCUAGGUUCGAGCAGUUUCUUCGUAGAAUUGUCGCAAAACUGAAGGCCCAGGUCACUGAAAUAUUUACUGAAGAUGAAAUUCAAAAGUUGGAGAAAAUAUUUGGUGUUGAUCAGGAGAGUCUUGUACUGAGUAUAAAAACAUUACAAUACAUUUUCAAGAGAAUGUUCAAGUACAUUUUCAUGCCAGUAGAUCUAAAAAGUGAUUUGAAGACCAUAGGAUUGAAUAAUGAAAAAUCUGAUUCAAUAGUCAAAGUGUGGUCAGCAGAAACAAGAACAACACUGACUGAAUUAGGGUCUGCAGCGACUGAGAAAUCGAGUGAUUCAUUAAAUUUUUCCUGGAAACUAAAUGCUGAACUGAGUUCAGAAUACAGAAAAAAGUGCAAGGUUCCAAAGGCCUACUUGUCCUUGGCAAGUGAGAAAAAUGAGAUUGAAAUAGAACUAACCCACCCAGAACUUUAUUCCAUAUUCCUUCAAUUUGAAUCUAUCCAGAAUGAAUUAGAUUACUUGAUAACCUAAAAAGAUGUACUUGUUAAAGCAGUUUAAUUGAUGUUAUGAAGUCAUCUAUUUUGCAAUAUUUUUAUAAAUAGUAUAAUAUAGGCAUUAAAAUGAAGUUGCUAAUUUUGACUUAAGACUUCUUUUCAAGCUAGUAAAAAAGAUUUACUCAAUCAAUUGAUUAUAUUUUAUCAUCACAUAAUUAUACUAUAAAUUAAAAAGA